AUGGUUUUAUCCAAGAUCGCAACUUUCCGUCAUCAGCACCAUUUUCUUCAAAAAUCCUUCCCGUGGGCCUCAUCCUCGCUCAAUCUGUUUCAAAGGGUUCUCACCAAGAACACCCCUUUUGCUAUUCCAGUUCAAAAUAAGACAGCAGUAAAGAGAAUUUGUUGUUCAUCAACAGCAGCAUCGAACAUGGUUAAAGCUAUAAGGGUCCAUGAACUCGGUGGCCCCGAGGUCCUGAAAUGGGAGGAUGUGGAAAUUGGGGAGCCUAAAGAUGGAGAGAUCAGAGUGAAGAAUAAAGCCAUCGGCUUGAACUUCAUCGAUGUUUAUUUUCGGAAAGGGGUUUACAAGGCUCCAACAAUACCCUUCACUCCUGGAAUGGAGGCUGUUGGUGUGGUGACAGCUGUAGGGCCCGGACUUACUGGAAGAAAAGUUGGGGAUGUUGUUGCUUAUGCAGGUCUUCCAAUGGGCGCUUAUGCGGAGGAACAAAUCCUUCCUGCUGAAAAAGUGGUGCCUGUGCCUCCUUCAAUCGAUCCCAUUGUAGCAGCAUCCAUCAUGCUCAAGGGAAUGACUGCUCAAUUUCUUCUCCGCCGAUGUUUUAAAGUCGAGUCAGGGCACACAGUCCUGAUUCACGCAGCAGCCGGUGGGGUGGGGUCCCUUUUGUGCCAGUGGGCAAAUGCACUUGGGGCCACUGUUAUUGGGACAGUCUCUACAAAGGAGAAGGCAGAUCAAGCUAAAGAAGAUGGGUGCCGCCAUGUCAUAUUGUAUAAAGAAGAAGAUUUUGUUACACGUGUCAACGAGAUAACAUCCGGUAAAGGCGUUGAAGUUGUAUACGACUCUGUUGGGAAGGACACUUUUGAGGGAUCACUGGCAUGCUUGAAGUUCCGUGGAUACAUGGUGAGUUUCGGGCAGUCGUCUGGCAGUCCCGACCCAAUCCCACUGGCGGCACUGGCGGCCAAAUCCCUGUUCUUGACAAGGCCCACCUUAAUGCAAUACACAGUGACUCGGGACGAACUUCUGCAGACAGCAUCCGAGGUAUUCACCAAUGCGGGCUCGGGCAUCUUACGGGCCCGAGUAAAUCAUACGUACCCAUUGUCUCAAGCGGCCCAGGCCCAUGAGGACCUUGAGAACAGGAAGACGACCGGAUCCGUCGUGCUCAUACCCGAUGGAUGCUAA